UAUUAUCUGCUUGGGGAUGGCUUUACAGUGUAUGUUUUUUCUCUUGGUAUUAUUUCUACACGUACAUAAAAAUUAUUCAAUGACUUGUAGCAGACUAAAAAGUUUUGAGAGCAUUGGAGGAACACAAUAUGUGAUACAAUAUUAUUGCUGUAAUAAUGCCAUUAACAGCAAUGGAAAGUGUAAACCAUGUCCAGAAGGUUAUACUACGGAUGAAAAGACAGAAAGUUGUUUUCCAUGUACGAAAAAUCAAUACGGCGAAAAUUGUGGAUAUAGAUGUUACUGCUCAGGAAAUGAACGUUGUGACAAUGUAAUUGGAUGUGUAGCAACCACCACUGAUGGCAAAACAUCAAAGGAAACUGUCCCCUUAGGACAAGGGAUAAAUCGAUAUGAUGGUUCUUCACAGAGCAAUUCUGUCGUGGUAUACAUGUCAUGUAUUGCCACCAUUGGGUCCACGGUUAUAAUCAUUAUAGCACUGUGGAGAAAUCAGGAUUGGAUCAAAAAGAGGCUUAACGACAGAAAACUCAAAUUCCCAAGAUUACAAAAAGGGUCUUUUACUAUAAAUGGGAGGAACCAGAAAGAUGAGCCUACUACCAGGAAGAGCGAGCACGUAUAUGAUGAUAUUAAUGAAAAAUACAUGAUCAAGGAUUUUUAGACGUAGAUUUCAGACAAAAAUCAAACAUUCAAACUUAUAUGAGAAAGAAACAAACAUUGUAAUAUUUUCCGUUUUCGUUUGUAACAAUUAUUUACCAAAUAUCAGUAAAUAUUAAUUUUAACCAAAUCAAAUACAAACCAUGUUGAUAGUUUUCUUGUUUGGUUGGUUUAUCAUUAAAGUACAUGUAUAUGCAGGUCAUCUUUUAUGUAAAAUUAUUUUUUAUGAAAAUGAAAUGUGUACUGAAAACGGUAAUAAAGAUAUAUACCAAUG